UAAACAUGUCUUAGACCUCUUUUCCCUACUUUUCUCUUUUCCUGUCUAAAGAAAAAUCUAAAAUUUCCCAGCGGUUCUUCUUCAUUUCAGCCCCAAAAUCUCCUCCCAAAUACCGAAAAUACCCUCUUUCUGAAUCCAGAUCGAUCGAGAGACGGCCAUGGCAGGAAUCUGAGAAGAGCGUCGGAUCUUCCUCUUCCUCUCUCCUUCAAAUGGCUAUCUUACCACAAGGUAAGAUCUCUCUCUUUCUAUUUCUCUUCAUCACAUCUCGUUUCAGCUUCUCGAUUACCUUUUCUACUGCAUCCAAACACGUCCUCGAGAACGCAAUCGAAAACGAUUGCGAUCCUUUAACUCCAUCUGAUGCCAAAAGCGUGCUCGAAAACGAGAACGACAACGGUCCUUUGAAUCUCGCCGAUCGCCAAGAAGUUCAGCUACAGAAGCUCGAAGAUCUUGUAAAAAACCUCACCGAAACAGUUUCCAGACUCGAAUCGUCCGUCUCCGGUUUCCGCGACCUCGGGUCUUCCCGAAAGGAGCAUGAGAGCUCUGCGCCGGAUGCCGUUGGUGGGAGUGAUUACAGCCGAAGAUUUUCUGAUGCGGUCCGCGAUGGUGACGAUAGGGGUUUUGAAGUGAGGUCUCCAGAGAGAGAGAGGCGGGAGCGGGGGAUUACAGUGACGAAAUACAAGCCCUCGUGGUCGGAAAGAUUCCAGUUUUUAUCCGCGGUGAAGCUCGAAUUCGAGGCCACAUGUGCGACUGUGUUGCCGUACGAGGACUACGAGGGUUUCAGCAAAUACGUGGCGGUAGGUGACGAGCGUGGGCGGGUUUAUAUCUUCUUGUCGAAUGGGGACGUCUUGGUUGAGUUCAACACGCUCUCAGACUCGCCUGUCACGUCCAUGCUCUCUUAUAUGUCCAUUUGGAAGAACGAGAGCUUUCUGGUGACCGGGCAUCGGGACGGGGCAGUCUUGGUUCAUCGGGUUUGGGAGGCAGCGAACAGCGAGGAUUGGCAUUCACUUUCAAUGGGGAAUCACCGCUCUCUCAUUUUGCCGGAGAAAGGGGGAGAGGAUUUGUCUGUGCUGAUUCUGGAAACACAUUUAGUGGGACGGAUGAGGUACAUUACGUGUUCUGAUGUUGAUGGGAGGAUUAAGGUUUUUCUUGAGAAUGGCACACAUUAUGGCACAGCUGUGUCGCCAAGCCGGCCACUUGUGUUCUUGAAGCAGAGGCUUUUGUUCUUGACAGAGAGAGGUGCAGGGUCGUUGGAUUUGCGGAGCAUGAAGGUUAGGGAAGCUGAAUGUGAAGGGUUGAAUGGGUCUGUUGUGAGCAAUUAUGUUUUCGAUGCAUCGGAGAGAUCAAAGGCUUAUGGGAUUACGUCCAAGGGUGAUCUGAUUCAUGUGGUGCUUUUAGGCGAUAUAGUGAAUUUCAAAUGCAUGGUUCGAGCUAAGAGGAAAACCGACAUGGACGGACCCCUUGCAGUUCAGGCAAUUAAAAGCUAUUUGCUUGUUGUCAGCCAGGAGAAGGUCUUCAUGUUCAAUGUUUCUUCUCCGAACUACAUUAGGGUCAGUGGGCCACGGCCUCUUUUCUUUGCGACUAUUGAUGAAAUCAAAUCUUCAUUCCUGAAUUCACUUGGGAUGCCUGAAAGCUCUGCUAGUAGAAAACCUUUAGUCACCAGCGACCGCGAGAAGCUCAUUGUUCUUGGCCUGGGAAGUGGGUACGUAGGAAUCUACCGUUCAAAUCUUCCAGUUUUCAAAGCAGAGUUCAACACUGUGCUAUGGAGCAGUCCUGUUGUGCUUUCGGUUGUGAUUCUGAUUGGAGCAUGGCAGUUCUUGGGCAAGAAAAGAGAACCGCUAACACCAUGGGGUUCAGAUGAUCCUUUUAGUGCUACUUCAGUGACAACAGGAGUGUCAUUAGGAUCUGGCUCAGGUGACAGAAAUUUUACGGACCCUGCAAGGGCUGCAGCUGCUGAUCUUAUGGAUUUGCGAGGUACUGCCCUUAGAGGUCCAUCUAGAAGGUACGUCUCCCCAUCUCGCUAUCCUGGUGGAGCAGCCACUUCAUUUAGGCCAACUUCCACGGAUCCCACUUACAGAGCAGCGACGGAAUUGACAUAUAGAGGGCAGAAUCUAGAAAUGGCCGGUUUUGGCAAAAGAAGAGAUCCUCUAUUUCCAAAUGGUAAGGGCGUAGAGGAUACCAUCGAUUGACCUGCUAAUCAGUCACGAAUUGUAUGUGCUUUUUAUAUAAGAACUAGAUUUUUCAAAUUUUGAUCCUUGGGCGAUUUGUUCAGCACAUGUUGGAUCAGAUAAUCUCACUGUAUCUGUAACUCGAGUUAUCUUAGAAUAUACUCUUAUAGCAAAAUUUGAAGAAAUCUAGUUUUGAACAAGA